AUCGAGCCGCCGCCAGCUUUUGGGGCUGACUCUUGAUUUGCAGCAAGCAGCAGCUUCAGAGCAAGCAUGUCUUCGCCAUCUAAAGACAAAACAGAGACCCGGGCUGGACACCCUCCUGCUGUCAAAGCUGGUGGAAUGAGAAUCGUGCAGAAACAUCCACAUGUCGUAGAAACCAAAGAGGAGAAAGAUAAGGAGCAGGAGGACUGGGAAAGUGGCACCAGUCCACCUAAACCAACUGUGUUCAUUUCUGGAGUCAUUGCAAGGGGUGAUAAAGACUUCCCUCCAGCUGCAGCCCAGGUGGCUCAUCAGAAACCACAUCCCUCUGUGGAAAAGCAUCCUCCUGCACAACAUGUCAACCAACACAUCCACCAACCCCGCAAAUGAAGCUCCUGUCCCAGGAUCCAGCCAGUGUUUACGGAUGGAAUGAUUUAAGAGAUUUGUGCUACCAGAUCUUUUGAAAGUGGUAUCUCAUGCUUUUGCCUUAAUUGCCUAUGGUUUAAAUGGUUAAAAAGGGGUGGGGGGUGGGGAGGGAAGAGUCUUCAGUCCUAUCAACUCAGCUGGAAAAAACAUGUUCCUGUGUACUGCCAAUCAAAAAAUAUUAUGGUCACAGAAAUGUAACAGGAUUGGGAAACCCUAGAUCUUUGAAUAAUUAUUUUAAACUUUUUCAUUUCUGGAUUUUGGCACUACUGGAAUGCAUUAGAUUGGG